AUGACAGCCUAUGAACGACACCAGCGCUUUCUAGAAGACUUUGUCUACUUUUACGGCGAUAAGGACGAGUAUCUGCGUAGCCAACAGCCAGAGCGUCGCAAUGACUUUGACGUGAUUCGAGAGGAACACCGCUUCAUCUGGGAACCGCAGGAUCGCGCACUACAGACUUGGCAGGCCAACCUUGCCAAGCGCUAUCAUGACAAGCUUUUCAAGGAGUAUUGCCUGGCCGACAUGAGUCGCUACCGCGAAGGGCUGUUGGGUCUCCGUUGGCGCGUGGAGAGUGAGGUUUUUGAAGGGAAAGGCCAAUUUGUUUGUGGCAAUCUGCAGUGCGUACGGCGCGAGGCCCUUGAGACCUGGCGCGUCCCGUUCAGCUACAAAGAGCGAGGGGAACAGCGCCGAGCACUUGUUAAGCUUCGUGUCUGCCACAAGUGCGCCAAGCGGUAA